GCCGUCGCUUUCCUCCUUGUUUAAAUUGGUGGAGGAGGAAUACAUCACUACGAGCACAGUACAAUAUACUGAAUUGUACGGGGGCACCGUACAAUCUCGUACUGUACGGCUCUUUGAAGAGCGGAGGAGCUAGCGGAUGAAAGAGAGGGAGGGGGGAAAGAGAAGGAAUCCUAAUUGAAUCGUGGGAAAGGAAGGAGAAUCACUGCCACCCCCGCACUCACUUUCCCAUCAGUUCGCUUGCUCUCUCCGUCAGGCCAACUCUCCAUACAUCGCCUUCCUCCUCCUCCUCUUCCUCCUCCUUUUCCCCCAUUCACUCACUCUUUCAAUCUUCUUUCCGAACCCACCGGACCGAGCUCUACCACCCUACUCAUCCUCGGGAAAGAAUAGGAUACGAGUGAAGCGAGAACACCCUCAUCCGCUCACCAUACCGUCAUCACGGCUUCCACCAAAGGUAACGAUAAAGGUCACGCACCAUCACACUCGUUUGAUUUCAAGGAACUUCUCACAUCACUUCCCCCCCUAGCAAUGUCGGCCGCGGCUCCCUGGUACGCCCCUAUCCCCAUCCCGCAAUUCAACACCCCUAUCGCACGCUACGACUUCAACAACAAGGAACUAGAACAACUUCUCUACGCCUCCGUCGUGCACGAGCAAUCCUUUGCGAGCAGCCCGGAACAGCGGGAUACCUUUGAAGCCUUGACGUGGGUCGGGGAUUCAGUCCUUCGAGGACUAACCACUGUCCUGUUGGCGUCCAUGUUCCCGGCGAGCAAGAAGAAUGUGUUGAACGUGAAUCCUCCCCCCUCCUCAUCUCACACUCACUUCGCCUGUGGCUGUCACGUGGUUCCGGGUCCCGAGCAAUCGCUAAAAAAAGAUCACUAGGAUAUCCGUCAAGCACUCGAAGACAAGGCUUUCUACGCCCAUCUGAGCCGCCGCCUUGGCCUGCACAACCGCAUCCCACUAACCUACCAGGCCGGCGAAUCCGACCGCAUCUUAUCCGGCCUCUUCACGGCGUACGUCGGUGCGAUCCAACGCGAGCUGGGAACCGAUGGCUUCCCCACAAUAAGCGGAACCUUCUGCCAACUCUUGAGACCCUACGCGGAGGCGUACAAGGCCCACCACGACACCCACAUAGCCGCGAACCCACACCUCCCGCCGACACCCAUCAUCUCCCCCAUCUCGGCUGCCCCCUCCUCCUUAGCAGCGCAGCAGCAACAGCACGUAUUCCCCAUCUUUCAGACCGCCAUCACUUCAGACUCGGGUGCGGCAAAGCUACGCAGACAACACGUCUCGGUCUACACCUCGCGAUUAAUGGAGUACGCGGCGAAGUGCAAGCUCCCGCAGCCCAGCUUCAUGUUCAAGGAUAACGGCUGCCAGGGAGCUGCGAUUCAGUGGUGCGCGACGGUGAAUGUGAACGGCUCGGAUAUCGCCAGUGCCGUUGCGAGCACGAAGCUUGAGGCGAAACAUCUCGCGAGCAAGGAUGCCCUGCAGGCUAUUGGCUCGAAUGUGCCUACUUGGCCGAUUAACGGGCGGAGACAGAAGAAGCUAAUGGCGCGGAGGGCGGGGAGUAUGCUGCAUUAGGCGAUGAAUCGCUGGUUUUGCCUUUUUCCUCGUUCGCUCCUGGUUCGGUUUGCUUUGUACGAAGGGUUUGCUUUCGGCGUUGGGACUGUUAGUGUAGCUAGAUCGCUAGCUAGCUAGCUUGAUCGACUUGACAGGGGGAUGGUGUAUGUGGGAGUAAUUAUGUGAAGGAUAUCUAAAAUCUAUUCUAUAUUUAUUCUCUCUACUUUUAUCCCUUUUUUAUACUUCUUGCAAGAGUUAUCAUAGUGCAGCUCAGCUUCAGCUGUGCUUUCAUUGUCGCGUCGCCAUAUGUUUUUUAUCUUAAACUUAAACUCACUCACGUGUAAAUAAUACUCCUCAGGGUCCAGCUUAUCAGCAAAAUUGCUUUUUGAAUUAUCAGGUGUCUAGUAUUACUUUUUCGUUUACCC